AAUUCUCUCUCUCUCCCAAAUUUUAAGAAGAAGAAGAAAAAAAGUGCCACAACUCUCAAUAUUGGGAUCUUUCUUGGUUCUUUCCAGGAACUUGGUACUCCAUAUAUAUAUACAUAUCAUCAGAUUGGAAUAUAUAUAUAUAUAUAUAGAUAUAUAUAAACAUAUAACAUAGUUGGAACUACUCAUAAUCAUCAUCAUCAUCAUCAUGGGAAAUUGUUUUGGAACUACUCCAGUCAAUAAUCAUACCCCAGGCAAUACUAGCAAGAUUCUCAAUAAUCCUACUCGUGAAACAAAGAAAAACCAACCUGAGAAAAUUGGAUUAGGAGGCAAAUUUGGUGGUGGUGGUGGUGUACUGGAGAUUGGUAGUAGUAGUAGUAGUAAUGGCGGUGAGUAUCAAAACGACGAGAUUAAAGUCGAAACGACAUCUAUUGGGAAAGUGAUAACACCAAACUUGAAACUGUUCACUUUGGCUGAGCUGAAGAAGGCGACCAGAGAUUUUCGACCCGACACCGUUUUGGGAGAAGGUGGCUUCGGAAGAGUUUUCAAAGGCUGGUUAGAUGAAAAGACCUAUGCACCCUCCAAGGUCGGCGUCGGCGUAGCUGUGGCCGUCAAGAAGUCCAACCCCGAUAGCGCUCAAGGCCUUAGGGAGUGGCAGGCCGAAGUAAAAUUCUUGGGGAAGUUUAGUCACCCAAACCUUGUCAAGCUCUUAGGAUAUUGUUGGGAAGAAAAUCAAUUUCUUCUUGUGUAUGAAUACAUGCAAAAAGGAAGCUUGGAAAAUCACCUUUUUAGAAAAGGUGCAGAACCACUAUCAUGGAGCACAAGGCUUCACAUAGCAAUAGGUGCAGCAAGAGGCCUUGCCUUCUUGCACAACUCUGAGAAGUCUGUCAUUUACAGAGACUUUAAAACAUCCAACAUUUUAUUGGAUGCAGCCUAUAAUGCAAAGCUUUCAGAUUUUGGGCUUGCAAAAGCGGGCCCAGUAAAUGGCAACUCGCACGUGACAACUCGUAUCAUGGGCACGUAUGGUUAUGCGGCUCCUGAAUACGUAGCAACUGGUCAUCUAUACUUGAAAAGUGACGUGUUUGGCUUCGGCGUAGUGUUGCUGGAGCUAAUGACGGGGUUUCGUGCCCUCGACACGAAUAGGCCGUCAGGAGAGCACGUUUUGGUGGAUUGGGCAAAACCUUCUCUCACAGAUAGGAAGAAACUAAAAAAGAUAAUGGAUAAAGGGCUCGGAGACGAGUACCCGUUAAAGGGUGCAUUCCAAGCUGCUGGGCUCAUACUAGAAUGCCUUGAAUCAGACCCUAAAUCCAGGCCUUCCAUGGAUGAAGUCUUGGAUAAGUUGGAGAAAAUCAAUGACUUUAAAGUCGUCAUAAAAGAGAAGAAACCUAAUCGUCAAGAACAGCCUUCUACUUCUACAUUUAAUUAUCGUCAUAAUAAAUCCCCAAUUUCUCAUAGGCAUGGGGCCAAUGGCACUACUUCUUCUGCUUAUCGACAUUAGUUUGAUUCCUAUAAAAAAAAAAAAAAAAGGUAAAUAAAAACAAUUUUAUCAUAUCUUUUGUUGUGUCAUUGAGUUUGACAAUUUUUUUUUUUUUUUUUUGUUCUUCUUUUUGCCCACUUUCUUCUUGUAACUUAUGAUAAGAGUUGUAAGUAAUGCCAACUUAAGUUUCUUCUUUUUCUCUUUAUACUAUAAAUUGGCUAUUGAUGACAGUACUUGAGCUCCAUAUGAAAUUCAUUACAUACAUUGGUGUUGUUCCCACCUAAA